UUGUGGAAUGGAAACUACAGUUAGUAGUGAUCAUGGUACAUUUGAAUGGCCAGAGACAAUUCCAGACAGUACAGUUAAUAUAUCAUGUCCUAAUGGUCCUAGUGGUGCUACUGCUAAUAGAAAAUGCACUAAUAAUAGUACUUGGGAAUCACCUAAUGUAACAUUCUGUGCAACAUCUGUGAUAUCUAAUCAAUUUAGAAACAUUUCAAAAGUAAAUGUUACUGCUGAAAAUGUAGUAUCAAUAUUUGAGAACUUAACUGAUCUAGUGAUGAGCACUACUGAUGCUGCUGAUCAGAAUACUGACAACAUUAGAACAGUGUCUGCCAUAUUGAACCAAACAGCAAUACUAUUGUCAGAUCCUAAAAUUAUCAUGAAUCUCUCAUCAUCAGAAUUAUUGAUGACAACAGAAAAUACUGUGCAGAUACUUGACAGCAUAGAGGAAUGGUCACCAGCUGUAGUGGAGACAGAGUCAAAUAACAUUAUCAAUUCUUUUGAGAGGAUCAUUGAUGCUUUAAUAAAUCAAGACAAUUUUACCAACGUAACAGUUGUGGAGAAUGACAUUGCUUUAAAAGGAGAAAGUUUUCAACAAGCAGUGUUUAAUGGAAUAGAAUUUACAGCAGCUUCUAUUAGUAAGCAUAGCAAUAACUUACAUGUAAAUCUAUGUACUACACAUUGUGUCAUCUAGUAAUAAUGGGAAGUAAGUUCCAUAGUUUAUUAUCAGUAAUUGAAAAUUUGUACUUACAUGUAUU